AGGAAGUCUUUGACACCGCCCCUUUUGCCGCAAUGCAGAGGGAGGAGAAGCAGCUUGAGGCAUCAUUAGAUGCACUGCUGAGUCAAGUGGCUGAUCUGAAGAACUCACUGGGGAGUUUCAUUUACAAGUUGGAGAAUGAGUAUGACCGGCUGACCUGGCCAUCUGUCCUGGACAGCUUUGCCUUGCUCUCUGGACAGUUGAACACUCUGAACAAGGUCUUGAAGCAUGAAAAGACACCACUGUUCCGUAACCAGGUCAUCAUCCCUCUGGUGUUGUCCCCAGACCGAGAUGAAGAUCUCAUGAGGCAGACUGAAGGACGGGUACCUGUUUUCAGCCAUGAGGUGGUCCCUGACCAUCUGAGAACCAAGCCUGACCCUGAGGUAGAAGAGCAAGAGAAGCAGCUGACAACGGAUGCUGCCCGCAUUGGUGCUGAUGCAGCUCAGAAGCAGAUCCAGAGCUUGAAUAAAAUGUGCUCAAACCUUCUGGAGAAAAUCAGCAAAGAGGAACGAGAAGCGGAGAGUGGAGGUCUCCGGCCGAACAAGCAGACCUUUAACCCAGCAGACACCAAUGCGUUAGUGGCAGCUGUUGCCUUUGGGAAGGGGCUGUCUAAUUGGAGGCCUUCAGGCAGCAGUGGUCCUGGCCAGCCAGGCCAGCCAGGAGCUGGGACAAUCCUCGCAGGAGCCUCAGGAUUACAGCAGGUGCAGAUGGCAGGAGCUCCAAGUCAGCAGCAGCCAAUGCUCAGUGGGGUGCAGAUGGCCCAAGCAGGUCAACCAGGGAAAAUGCCAAGUGGAAUAAAAACCAACAUCAAGUCGGCUUCCAUGCAUCCCUACCAGCGGCCUUCCUGCCCAGAUUCCAUCCUGGCCAUCUCUCCAAGCUGCAGGUGACGAGGCCUCUGGGCUGAGACAGACCGUCCACUUGUGGCUCUGGAGAAGCUCAGGCCUGCUCUACUCUCCAUCCUCUGAGAAGCCAAUUCAUCUCUUAUCUGGGAAAUAGUCACAAAGUACCCUAUCCUUUACCCUACCCUUCACACACGAAGGAAGAUUUUGAAGGCCUGGUAUAUGGGGGCUUCCUCAGGAAGUGGCUCUACCAGGCCGGACUAUGUGAGA